AUGGCUGAGAAAGCAACUGGAGGCCCACAGGACAUCCCCAGCUCUUCUCCUGAUGAAGAUGAAUUUCCGUUUGGAUACCCCAGCAACAUCUGUGAAGAUGUGCCUGAUCAGAAGUACCUGUGCAGCAACUGCAACAACGUUCUGAAGAAAGCCCUGCAGACCCUGUGUGGGCACAGGUACUGCUCAGCCUGCCUCUCCUGGAUCCUGCGGAACAAUAAAAAUGCCAUUUGCCAGAAAUGUAAGGAGGAAGAUCCCAGCACUUCAAGUGAGGGAAGCCUGCUGGCAGAAGAAAGGGCUUUUGGUGAUGCUGCCAUUAAUAAAGAGAUUUCUGAGCUCAAAGUCCACUGUGUGACCCUUGGAUGCAGCUGGGCUGGUAUCAUGAAAAAUUAUGAAGAGCAUCAGAGUUUGUGUGAAUAUGCUUUAAUCCCUUGUCACACUGGUUGUGGACACGUGGUGAUGAGGAAGAAACUUGCAGAUCAUUUGGAAAAUGGAUGUGUUAAUAACGUGACCGUGUGUCAGAGGUGUAAGCAGAGCUUCUCCAGUAGUGAAUACCAAGGAAGCAAAGAGAAGAUGAAGGAGCAUGACAGAACUGCAGUUGGGGCCCACAUGCUGCUUCUGCUGCAGCACAUAAAGCAACUGAAGGAAAGCUUGUGCACUGCAGCCAAAGCUGCCAACGGCUUGAUCCCACCCCCCAGGCUGGGUGUGAAUGGUGCAGGAAAAAGCAUCUCUGAGCUGCAGGUUCCAGGGGGACUGCACAUCAAUGGGGUUCUGGAAGUAGACUGUUUGCCUGGAUCUUCUGUUUCUGAGGAUGAAGCUGUUCUGGAGCAACUUGUGAGGGAGAAAGUGAUUUCUGAGCUAGAAAACAAGCUGCACGUGUUUGAGAACAUUGUGGCUGUGCUCAAUAAAGAGGUAGAAACCUCCAACCUGGAGAUCACAGCCUUUCGGAGACAGAGUGAGCUUGAUCAGAAUAUAAUACGAAGCCUUGAACUGAAGAUCGCAGAGCUGCACCGGUGCCUGACGCAGAAGGACGCCUGCCUGAGCAGCCUGCACAAGAGCCUCCUGUUCUCUGAGCAGGCUUCCUAUGAUGGGGUCUUUCUGUGGAAGAUAACAGAUGUUGGCAGGAAGCUACAAGACUCAGUGACUGGAAGAACAGUCAGUUUGUAUUCACCAGCCUUCUACACAGCAAAGUAUGGCUACAAGGUCUGUCUGAGGGUCUAUCUGAAUGGGGAUGGGACAGGAAAAGGAACCCACAUGUCCCUGUUCUUUGUUGUCAUGAAGGGAGACUAUGAUGCUCUUCUCCCAUGGCCUUUCAGACACAAGGUGACAUUUAUGUUGCUUGACCAAAAUAACAGGGAACAUAUAAUUGAUGCGUUUCGCCCAGACUUGACUUCAGCUUCAUUCCAGAGACCAGUGAAUGAUAUGAAUGUUGCAAGUGGCUGCCCCAUGUUCCUCCCUUUAUCCAAACUGCAGUCACCUAAAUAUGCCUAUGUGAAGGAAGACACACUUUUCCUUAAAUGCAUUAUAGAAACAAAUUAG